GUAAAUGGAUUCGAGUACAAUUCUGAUCGCCUCUUUCAUGAUCUUUUCUAAAGGUAGAACUACUAUGAGCGGUCUAAACUUCGACCCUUAUUUCUUUCUUCAUAUUGUAAAAGGGGGCAAAGCUCGUUUUUUGCUCCCUUUAUUGAGAAUCAAGGGCCCCCCCGCCAUCGUUUCAGUGACUCAUAGGGCUUCCCUAAGCUCAGUCUUUUAGGUUCUUGAGAAUGGUCGCCACCUCUUCCAGGACUAGAAUGAUUAUCCCUGCCCGAUGGGUCUACAUCCAUCCCUGAAUGUCGUCGGGUACUGUUCACUUCCCCGCCAUUCUUGUAACCGUCACCUGUAAUCCGCGCAGGUGUGUCCGCACCCCCUGAGUGGACGAGAAAGAAAGAAUUUCUCGAAAUGACCCCCCCAGGUUCCAGACCCAGGAGUCAACUUUCCCGUAUCAGCAUUCGAUAGGUCGUCUGAGGGUUCGCCGUGGUUCAUUGUUGUGCUUACACACUAGGCUACCCUUCUCCGAAAGCUCCGUGGGACCACCUACCACUAGUCUUCAGCCAGAGGGGUUUAUUGCACAAAAACUGGGACGCAGUUUCCCGAAGAGGGAAGCCCAACGAAUGUCAGAUGCAAAGCUCCGCACCUCAUUAAGAUCAUAUUGGCAUACUCUCCCAAAAAAAAAAAGAGCAGACCCCAUUGAAGACGAGAGUAAGGUAAACGGCGGCAGUAACUUAACUAUCCACCGCCCUUCUCACAGAACCGUACGUGGACGUUACCGCUCAUACAGCUCCCAGCCAGCAAGCAGUGCCUUCCUCUACAAGGAAUGGAUGGAAGUGUGGAUGAAUCGAAUUAAAUAGAGCAAUUCGGUUUUUCUUUUCAGCAAUAACAUGAUAAGAGCAUCCCUUUCACAAAAACCUACGGAUCCCCCUCCUAUCCUGCCACUUCAGCACCUUGUGAUCCUUGAGAAGAUCAUUACGAGUCCAAUGAGGAUGCCCUCUCUCAAUGGUAGCUUAUAUUGCAUUAUGUUUAUUGAUGAUCUAACAAGAAUGUGUUGGAUAUUCUUUUUGAAAUUCGAAUAUGAAGUUGCUAGCGUAUUCUGGAAGUUUAAAGAAAGAGUAGAAAAUGAAAGUGGUUGCACAAUCCGAAGUUUGAAGUAA